AGUCUAACUUGCAUCCCAAAUAGGAGGACAAAGCAUGUCUCGAAAUGCAUUCUGGUCCCUUACAAUACUAUCAUCAGAGAAAGGAGGAUAGAUGCGCUCAGGGUCUACCUUUUCCAGAACUUUGUCAUCUGAAUUUGGCCAACAAUGAGAUAGCUGAGGAAGAGGCAUUAUUGCCCGUGGCAUUGUUUCCAAAGCUCAGUGAGCUUGUUAUUCACUCAAACCCCUUGACAACUGAGAGAAGUGGCUUUCCACCAAUGUUGUCCUGUUUUCUUCAAGACAAGCUGGGUAUUAAGAUAACGUGCAAAAAAAUAACUAAUCUCAUUUAACGACAUAUACUUCCUAGAAGAAAGGUGAAAACCACACUUCCAAAAUUUCCUUCGAUCACAGCAAAUCAACAUUCUACAGAAAUGCUCUUCUUCAAGAAAUGUUCUGGACAAGCUAAUCCUCUACCCUUAGAGUAUGGGUUAACUCGUGCAUUUGGCUUCUCGUCUCAAACAAGCAUUGACGACAAGGAAGACAUUGACAUAAGCCAGGACCAUUUUGACUUGACAAGUGCAGACAUAUUCUUUGAGACGAAUCAAAAUGCAGAGCCGUUCUUUGUUACAGAGAUUAAUGGCUCAAAUGAAUCUGAAUACCAAGAAGAUCCAGAUGAUUCAAAGGAAACCGAACUGGAAAAAGGCAGCAAAGCAUGUCCAGAAAAACUGGUUGGUUAUGAAAUCUUACUUGAUGACACACCUGAGCUGGAAAUGCCUGAGUUUUCUGGAAUUCAACAAGCCAUUAGUGUUUUGGAGCACAUGCUCAAGAACCUGCUUGUGUUUAGAGAUUCUAAAGCAAAUCUGGACCUUCCACAGAAGCCGUACACCGAAAGAGAGAAAAAGAUUAAAAAUUUGCCUCCUUUGGGACCAAAGAAGUCGAAGGGAGAAAAAGUUGAGGAACAUUUUGCCCAAAUAAAGGAGGGGAAAACGAUAAUCAAAGUUCCAUUAGAUAAGGUACUCGGAGCAGGGAAUGGUAUCUGUAAGAGAGAAUACGAGGAAGCACUGACUCUACUGAAGGACAUGAAAAGGAAGUACAAGACCGUUUAUCUGAACAGAAAGGAAUGGGCAGCUCAGAUUGAGACUGAGAUGAUGUGUAAUCUAAACUAACUGGUGCUUUACUUUUUGAUUUUUCAUGAAUGAGUUCAUUUUAGUUUGCAAUAAAACACUAUUAAGAUAUUGGAGAGAUGUUGACAAAUUGUGUGAUCUUUGUGUUGAUUACAAAUAAACAGUAUAUAUCAUUCUUGUCAGAUAUAUUGAGUUUGCAAUAAAUAUAUUCUCAUCAUG